UAUCAGAGUAAGGGGGACUCUCCGUGGAACGUCAUCUCCUCAGAUGGCGGACGGGGCAGCAAAACUCCACAGCACCCUUGAACCACAGGAGAAAUCCAGGAAAAGUGAUGAUGCUGCAACCAAAAGACCCCGCAUAAGAGCUAAGCAACAAGAAUCAGUAAAUCCCACCAGGAACAUUCAGGAACAAAAAAGGAGACGAAAAAGAAAUCAGAGGAGAAAAAAAAGCCCCUCAGAUGUGAAAAGUGAAAUCUCCGAAAAGGAAGAGAAUGUGGUUGCUGAGACCACAAGCCAAACUGAGGAAGGUGCGUUUGUAAAAGAACAGCAUCUCCAGGCUGAAGAAAGCUUGCAGAAAGAAGAAAAUGUUGAAAAACCCCAGAAAGAAACAAAGACGGUGCAAGCUCAGACCCAAACAACGAAACGUAAAGGGAAAGAUAGAUUCACACAGACUGUAGUUGUGUUUCAGAAGAACCAGGAAACACAGACAGACUUCUUUGAGGCAAAGCAAGAUGACUCUUGUCAUAAAAAGAGUGAAGCAGACACUGCUGGUCCUGCAGAGACUGAACCCAAGCUGCAAGACAACAGCGCUGUUGACAAUCCAGUUAAAAACAGUCCAACAGAGUCAAUGACUAAAGAUGAGAAUGAUCAAUCUGUAGGAUUUUCAGCGGAGGCAGUCGCAUCUCAGUUUGAAAAAGAUGCCAAAACAAAGUCAUAUGCCAAAGCUGUGUCUGACGGAGAAGGAAGAGAGAAACAGUCCAGUUUGACACCCUCAAAGAAAGCUGAUAAACUACCUCUAAGCACCCGGGAUCAGAGCCCUGUCAGAUCUCCUCCUGGAGCUCCUAUGUUUACAUUCUAUAUCUACGCUGUGCUGGACAAAAAAUUCAGAUUCAACCAAGAAUACGACACGCUCCUGUUGUGCUAUGACGGAGGGUAUUUGCCCUUUGAAAUAACAUAUUUUGUUGGAAUAACGCAGGCAGACUGUCUGGUAGAAGCACAUCUUUCUGUUGAAGAAAGUACACUGCACCGAGGUGAUCUGGUGAAAUACUGGUAUGGUGUUAAGCAGCGGAACAGAGAAGUUUCUGGAACAGCCUCAAGAACUCUUCAAAUUCCAUGGGCCACAGCAGUCAAAGAGCUACACCUUUAUGAAGGUUUCAUCUGUCGGGAUGAUGGCCGGAACUUUUUUACAGCUGGCCUGCAAUGGGCCAGGAUCAAGAAAUCAAAAGGCGACGAAAUUUCCAAUGCUUGGCAGACUUCAGCAACCGCUCUCCUGAACAGAAUCUUUCAGAAAUGGACUCCAUCAGACAGACAAAGCACCAAGAGACUCUGUGACCAUUUAAUGCAUUUUACGCGGAGUUUCCAUUCAGCUGAUGUUCGAGUUUUAUACCAAGACUAUUCCAAACCUCCUGUAGUCAAGGCUUCAGAGCUGAUUUCAGAGCGUUUGGUGCAGAUUUUAAAAGGAGAGCCAAAGGAGAAAUUGCCAGGGAGCUGCAGUCCUCUGGAUCUGGGCCUGUCUGUCUUCAUGGUCACCAGAUCCUGUAACAUCAAUCUUGGAGUCAAAGACUGGGCCGAGUUGUGUCUGCUGGUGUCCUCAGAGGCUGUGACAGAUAAGAAGAACCUGGAGGCGUUGUGCGCUUCGUUUGAAAAUCCUCAGUUCGUAGUGAUAGGUCUGAUGAACCACUGUGUCCAGAAGACUGUGGUGGAGCUCGUCCUGCUCCCUCCUCUGCUCUUCAGGCUCAGACAUCCGGGAGCCAAUGCAACUAAACUGGGUCCAAGUGUUGAAGAGGAGGACUGGUCAGGACUUAAAGACAUCGAUUUCAUCAAAUUCAGAGAAAAUGUGCACCUCCACUCUGACAAAAGGAAGAGGAUGCUCUCAUUGAUCCAGGAAAACUUACCAGCAGCUGCAGAGAUGCCUCUACUCCUGAUGAGCUGGUUGGCUCUGAUCCCGUUUGAUGAUCUUCCUGAAUUUUCCGAGCUGACAGGAGUCAGUGUAGAACAUCUGAUCCAGAGUCUGUAUUACAGACUGCGAACAUGUGGAGAGAAAAUGGAUCUUAAAAAAGACCAAGAAAAUGUGAAGCUUGUCGAUAAAUCUUUGAGCCACAUUCUGUUGAUGGUGGAGAAACAGAAGAACAGACUGGCUGAAUCUGGCAACCUGCAGCCAGCGUUCAUAAGCAGCAUUAAUGUGUUGAAGGGCACAUUUAGGAUUGUCCGAAUUGUCCCGUGGUACCAAACAGUGGUUCUGUCCUUCCAGCUGGUGCUGAAACUGGCUGAGAUUCUGGAGAUGAAGCUAAGAGGAGAGUCUGGAGAACAUAAUGAUGAGGCCUCUAAGCAGACGGUCGUGGAGGAGUUGUCUGCUGUGCAGCAGCAGAUCAGUACUUGGAGGGAUGAACUGCUAAAAAAACCACUUAUGACUGCAAAAUUACUCACCUAUCCAAAGGAAAUAGAGCUAUGGGACGCCCUGCUGAAGUUUAAAUGUUCUUCUGAAGAUGUUUCCUCCCACUGGGAGGCGACGCUAAAGAAAGAUCUCAAGAAGAGGAUAGAUGAGGCUGCUGAUGAAGAUAAAGUGUUAGUCUGUUGUCUGGACUCAUCUUCGGCUGCUUUGAGCAAGAGUCACAACGUUGUUCAGAGCUGUUUUGAUGAGAUGUUUCACUCGGCCAUCAAGACACUCUGUCAGAGAGGACAGGAAGGAGAGCUGAUGAGAAGUCUGGCAUCGAAACUAAAAGGUCUUCCUCCUAGAGUCACGUCUGCUGUUGUGGUAGAGUCUUCAGCUCGGUUCAGAGACAACAUGGUGGUCCAGCUACUGGAUCCACAGUCAGCUGUGAACUUUCUGCUCUCUAACUAUAACUGGAGAUCCAUCAAGGUGGACGAUACGGCAGGACAGGUGGUUCACAGCUGCGUGGAAGCUGUCCAUCCUCUGGUGGUGUCCCUGCUUGAAGGAAGCGUGUCUCUGGGACACUUACAGACCUGCCUGAAAUACCAAGAGCAGUUCAAGAGACUUUACCAGCAAUAUAAGAAGUUCACCAAGUCUGAGACCAUUCCUGUUGAUGCAGAAGUUGUUUUGAGUGGGAGAGAGAAGGACCUGGGUGCUUUCAUGCUGCGGAGACAGGAGAUAGAUACACUGAUGAAGAUGUUGGCGAAGGUUACAGAAAGCAUCACAGUUCCUGAGGUGUCGACUCUGGAAGUGCAGCACAGUACAGACAUCAGUGCUGUGAGCCUGAACAAACUUGUGCUUGUUCAGGCCUUUGAUGCAGAAGGGAAACUGCAGAAGACUGGUUCUCCUCAAGUCCUUUGGUAUAAAAUUAGUAUGAAUGUUUUGAAAAUGUCCACACAGAUGCACAAACUGCAUCACAGCAACCUGAUUCUCUCCUCAUGGGUCAAACGAGCAGCAUCUGUAGCAUCAAGACUUCCCGCCCUGCCUCCUGUUCAGAUGACUCUAACACAGAUCUCUGAGUACAUCUGGAAGCCUCUGCUGGAGGAGUUCUUACACUUUGGAGUCAGCAUAGCUGAGACAAACAUCACGUUUAAGCAGCUCGACCAUGUGUUAGAGGAGUCUGGUGAUCAGGGGGAUGGAAAGCUGCUGAUGAAGGAGUUGGAUCUCAUGUCAGAGACCAUUUCUUCAGCAAGAGAAGUCACAGCUGAGGAGAACUGGGUCCAGCCGAGGUUACGUCAGAUCCAGGAGUACAGACUGCUUCGUGAGGCAGCGGCUGCAGCCAGAGCAGUCCUGAGAAUCGCUGAGUCGAUGAUGCUUUCCGGAAACUUCACUGAAAUAAGCGCCCUCAGUCAACUGGAUGAAGACUCCUUUAAGCAGAGGGUCCUCGGGUCUCUCAAAGCUGACCUGCUUCAUGCCGGACAGCAGCUCUCCGCAGUCAACAGGAAGCAGACUGCAUGUUUGGAAGAGUUUCUUAAAAGCCAAACUCUGAUCAGCUGGGUCAGGGAAAACCUCAGAACUAUGAGCGAUGUCAAGGUUUAUGUCGAACUGGCUUCGAUAUCUGCUGGAGAAAAUGACACAGAGAUCGACCAGGUGGCCUGCUUCCAUGAUGCGGUGAUGGGCUUUGGCCCGCUGCUCUACUCCCUCUCCCCUCAGGCCGGGUUCCAGGAGUUCAUGAAGUGUGCUCAGCAGGUGUGGGACACCCAGAGCAGAGAUGAGAAGCUCCCUGACAAACUGAGAGAGUCAACUAGAUUGCUGAGCUGGCUGAGAGCGCUGAAGGAGACUCACGGCUCUGUGGAGCAGUCUUCACUCUCACUUGCUUCUUCGAUCAACACACAUGGCGUUUAUCACAUUGGAUGGUCUAAUGCAAGCCCAGAGAAGAGAUGUCUUGAAAACAUGGUUCUGGUGAAAAUGAGAAAGCAGGAGAAAAGCUACAAGCUUGAAGAUCUACUGGAGCUCCAGAACAAACUAAUGCUAAUGUCGUCUAAAGGGGAACACGGUAGAGAACAGGUCAACAGAUUCACAGAGGUUUUUGAAGGAGUUCAGAGAGUGGCAUCUGUCCUUCUGCAAAUGCAAACAUCUGGCAACAUGCUCUUCAAGGCCUGGUCUGCUGAGGUCCACUGCUGCCCAGACCAGCAGCCAUGCAUCAGCAUCACCUUCUUGUCCCUCAGGGGGGAGCAGAUGCUGUACAAUGGCGAAGUGACAAAGCAGCUACAGAAACUGGCUCAGUCUAUGGACUCCUGCCACCAAGAAUGGUGCUCCUUCCUCAGCGAGAUGCGCUCCAGCUUCAGUUUGUUGAACCACUUCACCUCAGAGCAGCUGGUGUACAUGUGCCACUGGAUUCAUAAAGUGUGUCAAUGUCAGGCAUCGGUUCCUCAGCAGCUGUGGCACCUGCUUUUUCCCAUCAAGCCUCAGUGCACGCUGAAUGAUAUUAGGGUUGCUCACAAAAAUGCAGUGAGCAUGGCAUCACAGAAUGAUGAUGACUCUGAAGAUGAGGAGGAGUUUUGUGAAGCUUUAAUGGACAUGACAGCAGCUGCAUCCAAGCAUCCAGAAGAAGAGGAUCAUGAUUUAAUGCAGUUUUCAUCAGACGAUGAAGAAGAUCAUGAUGGUAAUCAUGUAAAUGGGGGUAGUCUUGAAAAUCUCUGGAUGCAGUUCAGGAGAAACAUGCCUCUGUAUCUUGUUGAGUCCCUGGACAUCAAGAGCCUUGCGCACCUUCUAAUGUGCCUGUCUGAAACAAAUCCGCUCCACAUAAUCAGGAAUCUCCCACCAGUCUUCCAGGAGGGAAAGCCAAACCUUGUGCUUUGUCCGAGCGCCGAAGUUUUCACCACAACUUUGUCUUUUUACAUGGGGAGUCCAGAGCAGCCUCUGCCAUCUUCUGACGAGGUCCUAGUCUGCAGAUACCAAACAACCAAAGAAGAGGUUGAGAUCUUUCUACGCAGAGCUCUUUGCCAAGACUCUAGAGAAAAGUGGCAGAAGAUCUAUUCUCUGGUUAAUCCUGGUCUGCUGGGAUAUGAAGCCAGUGAAGCCUUGGUGGAGCUCUAUGAAGAUCUAGAGAGAAGUGCGGGCCCACAUUAUCGUUUGGUGAUAGUCAGUCCUGUUGUUCACCAGCACAGAUGUGUCCCGUCUUACUUCAGCAACUACAAGGUGCAGAUUGGCAUGAGUUUAACAAAAGAGAGUGCUAGAAGAUAUCUGCAUCAUCACUUCACCCUGAACACGUCCCAAAACCCAGUCGCUCUGGUUUCUCCAGAUCAGCUGUCGGUUUGGAUGGUGUCAUCUGUGCGCCCUGCAGUUGGGAAGUCCCUUUAUGUGGAACGUUUGUUUGAGAAGUUCCAGCAGAUAUCUCCAAGAGCAAAACAUGUGAGGAUCCAUCUGAUUGAGGCGAGUGUCGAUGUUGACUCAUUGGUUAACACUCUGACAGAGAGACUGUCCCAGCUCAGAGAGCAAGACCCCGUUCUGCUUCACAUCGACUCAGCUGGUGUUCGCUCAGGUCUGGAGGAGCUUCUGUUCCAUUUGUUUGUUCUGGGCUGUUUGAGCGACAGCCAUGGCAUGUUGUGGAGAAAGAAUAAGGCUCACAUGAUCGCAGUGGAAGUCCUGAAAACAAGCUCAUCCCAUCAGAACCAGAUGUGGGUCGGAUUUCUUGAGAUUCUGCCAACCAUUCAUUGCAAAGCUCCGAGAGAAGUUAUGCAACUGUUGGCCAGUCAAAGGUUCAGUGGAAAAAAGAGCUAUGAUCCCCUAAUAGAUGAACAGGAGUUUUGCAGCGAGGGGAUUCAAAGGCCCUAUCAGUACUUAAAGCGCUACAAACAGAAUCAGCAUCUUGAUCGAUUUAACUAUCAAGAAGGAUCCACAGUUGGGAAUUCUAGGGAUUGUCUAAAUCUCUUUCUGUUGUACUGUGGCAUGGACAACCCAUCAUGGGGCGAACUGAAGAACUUCUCCUGGUUCCUCAAUGUGCAGCUCAAAGACUGUGAGAACUCUGUUUUCUGUGAUCCAGACUUUCUUGCUGACCAGCUGCCAGGCUUUAAGGGCUUCAUUGUGAAGUUCAUGAUUCUCAUGGCAAGAGAUUUCGCCUCGCCGUCUCUAAACACAUCUGAUGAAAGUCCCGCUCUUCGCAUGGAAACCAAUCUAGAAGAUGACCUUCUCACUCGUCUGGCAAUACGGAAGCGAUGGGAGAAUGAAUCACAUCCUUACAUUUUCUUUAACGCAGACCAUUCCUCAAUGUCUUUCCUCGGCUUUAAUGUAGUCUGUCAUGGGCAGAACACACUCAACGCAGUUGAUCCUCACAGCAGUGAGGUUCUCAUAGAGCACGUAAUGUCACAGGAACUGUUUGAAGGUUUGCAACGCCAAAGGAUUUCUCUUACCGAGGACUUUGACCAGCUGUCCCGGUCAGACAAAAUCAAAAGGAUUUCUUGUGUUGUUGGUGCAAACAAAGGAAUCAUGGACAGAAGCUUCGAUCCAGACCCAACAUAUGAGCUCACUGUAGACAAUGUGAUGAAGAUGUUGGCCAUACACAUGAGAUUCCGAUGUGGUAUUCCAGUUGUGAUCAUGGGAGAGACUGGCUGUGGAAAAACCAGACUGGUCCGUUUCCUCUGUACUUUGCAAAGGGAGGGAAGACCAGUAGAGAACUUGGUUCUUGUUAAAGUACAUGGUGGAACCACAGCAGAGAUGAUCUAUAGAAAGGUGCAGGAGGCUGAGGUGCUUGCUUACAGAAAUCAGCACAAGCACAACCUUGACACCAUUUUGUUCUUUGAUGAAGCCAACACUACAGAGGCCAUUUUUGCCAUCAAGGAAAUCUUGUGUGACAAAACAGUGAAAGGAGAACCUCUGAGGCCAAAAAGUGCUUUGAAAAUAAUAGCUGCCUGCAAUCCUUACAGGAAGCACUCACCUGAAAUGGUGGAACGUUUGGAACGUGCAGGACUGGGGUACCGAGUGAAGGCAGAUGAAACUGAAGACCGGCUCGGUAAAGUCCCUCUGAGGCAGCUGGUUUACAGAGUUCACCCUCUGCCCCCAAGUAUGGUGUCUUUGGUGUGGGACUUCGGCCAGUUGAGUGAUUCAACUGAGCUUUCCUACAUUAAACAGAUCGUCCAGAAGAAAGUUUCCGAUUACCGUUUGCCAGCAACGUGCAACAGCAUAAUUUCAAAAGUGCUGGCUGCCUCCCAGAAAUAUAUGAGAAGUCGGAAAAAUGAAUGUAGUUUUGUAAGUCUGAGAGAUGUAGAAAGGUCCAUGAAAGUGUUAGUUUGGUUUUACCAACACAGUCAAGACAUUUUCUCCAACCCUACUAAUCUCAGUGAUGAGCAACGGACCCUGAAGUGCUUGACUUUAGCCAUUGGAGUAUGCUACUACCCGUCUCUUGUAGCCAAGGAGGAGUACCUGGCAGAAAUAUGUAGGUACUUCCCGAGACCUGUGAACUGUGUUGCAGCAUUGCAAGAGGAGAUUUCAUCCUGUCAAGACCUUUUCCUCCAAAACGUUCAGACAAGGGAAACAAUUGCUAAAAACAUUGCACUCAAAGAGAAUGUGUUUCUCAUGGUGGUCUGCAUAGAACUGAAGAUCCCUCUGUUUCUGGUUGGUAAACCAGGCAGCUCCAAGUCUCUUGCUAAAACCGUUGUCGCUGAUGCCAUGCAGGGCCAAAACUCCCACUGUGAGCUAUUUAAGAAACUCAGACAAGUUCACAUGGUCUCCUUCCAAUGCAGUCCUCACUCAAGUCCAGAAGGCAUCAUAGGAACAUUCAGGAACUGUGCUCGUUUCCAAAAGGACAAAAACAUGGAUGAGUAUGUGUCAGUGGUGGUGCUAGAUGAGAUAGGACUAGCAGAAGAUUCUCCACAGAUGCCAUUAAAGACCCUUCAUCCUCUUUUGGAGGAUGGAUGUAUUGACAAUGACAAGCCAGAUCCCCACAUGAAGGUUGGGUUUGUUGGAAUCUCCAACUGGGCUCUUGACCCAGCAAAAAUGAACCGAGGAAUAUUUGUCUCCAGGUGGGACCCGAGUGAGGAUGAACUCGUGGAGACUGCCAAAGGAAUAUGUUCAUCUUCCAAGCAGAUUCUUCUGAAAAUAAAGCAUCUGUUUCCAUCUUUGGCCAAAGCCUUCUUAAAGAUUUGCAACAAGACGUCAAAGAAUCAGUUCUUCGGUCUGAGGGAUUACUACAGCCUGGUCAAAAUGCUGUUUGCUGCAGUGAAGGCCACACAACAAGAGCCAAACGGAGAGCAGCUUGUAGAGGUUGUCUUACGUAACUUCAGUGGACAGCCAGAGGGUUUUGACCCGGUCUUAUUUUUCCAAGACGUUCUGCAAGAUCUGACUGAAAUUCCCAGACCAAGAACCUUGGAGAUGAUUUUAAGGAAUCUUGAUCAUGGGACCAAUGGGGAGAACCGUUAUCUCUUGUUGUUGACUACAAACAAUGCAGCUCUGCAUAUCCUUCAGCAACAAGUCUUUGCAAAAGGUGAAUAUCCGCCUCCUGAAAUCAUCUUUGGCUCAGGAUUCCCAAAAGACCAGGAAUAUGCCCAAAUCUGCCGGAAUGUCAACCGAGUGAAAACCUGCAUGGAGACCGGACGAACUGUUGUCCUCCUCAACAUGCAGAAUCUCUAUGAAAGCCUGUACGAUGCCUUGAACCAGUACUACGUUUACCUCAGUAAGCAGCAGUAUGUUGAUCUGGGUCUUGGCUCCCACAGAGUCAAAUGUCGUGUUCAUACAAACUUCCGUUUGGUAGUGGUAGAAGACCAGCAGAAGGUGUACGAGCACUUCCCAGUUCCCCUCAUCAACAGGCUGGAAAAACACAGAGUUGAUCGGAGCACUGAUCUGGAGGCAUGGCAGCACUGCGUUCUCAAUAAACUGAGAGAGUGGAUCAAGGAGUUCUCCGGCAAGGCCAUUGAGGAUUUCAAGCUCUCUGAUGUUUUCAUUGGCUUUCACAGUGAUGCAUGUGCCAGUGCUUUGUUGCAAGCACUAGAAAAGAGACAGCAAACUCUUUCAGACAGGAGAGAAGGACAGAAUGAAAGGGACAAACCAAAAACACCUGUGUCAGAUAAGCAGGACCAAGUAACCGAGAUGGAGCACAGUCAGCUUGUUGAUGCAAUGGACACUGAGCACGAAACUGAGAUAAUGGUUAAGAAUGAUGAAUCCAGUGAAGUUAGAGAAAUGUUGCAAAAUGAAGAGACAAUGGAGACAGAAAAUGACGAGUCUGCUGGAGAAAAAGAGGAAGAAGUCUUCAACUUGGCAAAAGGUUUAUUGUUAAACUGUGCCACCCCUGAUGCUGUGCUGAGACUCAAAUAUUCAGAUUUAUCCAGUCAGGACAGAGAGAAACUUCAGAGAUUGUACUUUCAACAACAUCACCACUCACUCCGAGAUUUUCUGAGAGCUUGUUUGAACACACCUCAGGACUCCAGCAAGUUCCUGGAGAUCACAACGUUUUCCAGCUUGCUGACAAAACUGGAUGUAAGGGUUGUAGCCCACGCUCUAGGACUGCAAACUGACAGGAUCCUCCUGCUGUCGCUCCACCAGUUUGACACUGAAGUCUCUUUCUGCAAUAAAAUACGGACAUUUCUGCAAAACGCCGGCAACUCGCUUCACAUUCUGUUCAUCCAGAUGGACCUUGAAGAGUCCCAGUGCAGCGCCGAGCUCAUCGCAUCAGCAAAGUACUGCACCAUGAAUUACAUGGCGUCAAUGGAUAUUCAGAUCUGUUGGGUGAUUUUCAUUGUGAAGGUCUCAAGGAUUCCGAGCCAGUCCCGGUACAUCGGUUUCCAAGGAGGAUUCUGGCAUUCAAUCCACAUUGAUGACCUGAGGGAUUCAGAAGAUAUGAGUCUGAACCUGUCGGAUUUCUGUGGAACUCUCAUCAGCAGCCUGCUCAAACCUGCACCGCCAGAAAAGCAGAACAUCAGUGAAGGAAUGAGUUCAACAAUCGGCUCAGAAGGCGACGGAAAAGUGGAGAAAGCACCCCUUCACAGCCUGUCUUUAGUCCGGUCUUGUAUCCAGAAAGCUGUGGGUUUACUGAGGGACCCCGACAGUCUGACGUCAAGGGGCAUGCAGCGUAUGCACAUCCUGCUGACGCAUAUGUCAACUGAUCAAAAUCCCACCGCAGCUCGCUUUCAGAGGGCACUGUUGAGUCGGCUGGCUGAGACUCUGGCUCAAAGGGAAGAAUUGAUGGGCGCUCCUAAAGAGUGGGUCAGCAGAGAGGCCAAAAGACGCCAAGCCCUGCAGGAAGGAGGAACUCUGAGGCAUACCCUGUGGCGUUGCCUUCAGUCCACCGUGACGCCGGUGUUAGCCAACAUCUUGGAGGUUAUAGAUCGGUACUCCAAUCUGGACCUGCUCUCUGCUGACAGACUCAGUCCGGGUCUCAUACGGCUCUGGAUGGACAUCUUGGCCGACACACAGAUUUUACCCCUAACGACUCCACCAAAGCAAAGUGAUUCAGACCAGGAGGUUCUGGUGCAGCACCACUUCCUGUUGGAUAGUGAGGAGCAGCCCUGCUCAGCUCCGUUCAGCUGGAUCAUUCAAAUGAAUCUGGACAGCUUGUGGGAGGAGUCAGAAUUCACGCCAGUCUCUAAAGAAGGCAACACAGAAAGGAUCCUCCAGUUUGUGAGCAGCUUCUCCAGCAGUAGGCUGGGCCAUCACUUCCAGCAGCUUUCUGAGGAGGAGCAAUGGCAAUGUGGUCUUCUGUUCCUGCAUGACUUCCUGCUGCUGUCUUUCAAGAUAAAGUCCACGGAUGAACUCAAGGUGUUCACCAGAGCCAUGCAGGGCUGUUUGGUGGAGCUUCAGAGAACCAUGGGAGCUGCUGCUGAUCUCUCUCCUGCUUGGAUCAUGGCAGCUGCGAAAUGUUUUGCAGCUAGAUUGGACAUGCUCAGCCACAUAUUUCUCUUGCAGCCACAGUUGGCUGCAGAUGUUCUUCAGCAGAUGUCGUCGAGGAGCGAGCAGAGAGAAAUGGCGGAGGAUGUUCUAGCUCUAGGUAUCUGCGUUGAGGAGAUCAAACUUUUGAGUGUGACUUCGCUCGAUGAAUGCCGGUCGUUUGUGAGCAGAGUGGAGUUGCUCCAGCCGUGUCUGGACAGAGCAUUCAGCCAGAAAUAUGGCGCUCUGUGUAGUGCUUCCUGUUUUCAGCAUCUGGCCUCCAUCAGGUCAGCGUGGCAUGGGAUGCUUGUUGUUGCAGCUUUCAUCCAGCAGAUCGUUUUUAAUGUGAAACAAGAUGACUGGAAGCUUAGAGAACUGGCUCUGAAACACUGCAACCUUCAUCUGAACCUGAUGCAGGAGUCUCCUGAUAUGAGGAGUGUAAACAUGCUGCAGCAGCUGAUCCGGAUUCUCAACUCCUUCCAUGAUGAGUGCAUCAGCAGGGAUCUCAGGUUUGGAAUUUCCUGUCCAGUUUGCCUGCUGGAGUUCAGUGAGCCGUCCGUCCUGCCCUGCCAGCACGUCAUCUGCCUGCCGUGUCUUCAGCGCUGCUUUCAGCAGCACCAACGUUCCUGUCCUAAAUGCAGGACAGAGUUACCAAGCAACUUCACACCAACCGUUUCCCAAAGCAUUAAGGCUGCACUCAAGCAGCAGGCAGCCACCAGACGCUGCUGUAACUCCUUCUUCCUGGAGGUGGUGUCCAGGUUCUGUUUGUCAGAAGGACAGAGGCCAGAAGAGGGUGUGGUGGAGCUGCUGUUCUCUUUGCUUGUCUCUUCUAAUGGAGAUGUUUACCACACCAGAGAGCUCACUCCCUUCAUGGAGUGUGUGGAUAACAGUCCAAUGGUCCGAUCAGUCCUGCCAAAACUUCUGCUGCAGUACAGUUUUGAGCAGGUGAAGGCUCACAUCCAGAACUACCUGAAGAAUUUGGAGAAUAACCUUUUGGACCAAGAGGACCGUACAGAACUCUACCUGCUGUUUGUCAACUGCUUCCAGGAUUCCCUGCUGUGCUCAUCAGCCAGAGACGCGGGUCCUGGUGUAGAGCAGGAAGCAGAAAUCAGAUUUUUGAGCAGGAUUGUGAGGAAACAGACUCCAAACAGACAAGAGGAUCCAGCAGAGUUUCUCCUUAACAUCGCCAGACUGAGAAUCUGCCUGAGCACUGCUGCCAAGCUGCUUGAGAAGGGUGCAAUUCAAGGUGGACAAGCUGCAGAAUAUCUGCAGCAGGUGAGAGGGUUAUGUGAGUACAGCGGUAAUGAUUGGCUCAGGGUUUACCUGCUGCGAGCCCUGCACAGAUGCUCCGGGAUGGAGUGUGUUCUGUCCUUGAUGAACAGCCCGGCGGGGAGGUGGAUCUUCCCUUCAGACCUGCUGCGGCUUCAGAGGAUGGUUUCAGCAACCGUAGACCCUUUCCUUUGCUGUGGGACUUCUUACAGGGCUCUGAGAAAUGCUGUGAUCCAGGUUGUUCUGGAGAACAGGUCCGACACUUUUGUGACUGAGCUGCAGAAGCUGGGAAGAUCUCAGAUCAGCCUCAUGGCUCUGGCUUUGUAUAGACAGGUCACCUGCAUCUACAGAUCACCUGAUACCAGCAUACAUCCUUCCACACAGCAGAGAGACAGACUGAAAGCUCUCCUUAGAAACAUCCAGCCGAAUGAGUUGAGGGAGUUCUGCUCGUCUCUUCUGAGUAAUCGUAUCGGUCAGCAAGAUCUGUUGGUUCUGAGACCAAUUGUUUCAGAGCUGCUGGUCCAUCUGGACUCUGUGCUCCUCUGUGGAAAUCCUCUACUGGUUCCUCUUUAUCUGAUUGCCUUUCAGCCUGAGAAUGUCCCAAACUCUUUCCUUCCAACCAUGCCAGAUGAUCACACAAGCGAGGCCAGAGGCUGGUUAAGCAGCGAGAGAAGACUCCAGAAGUACUCUUGUGCCAAUGGACAUGUGUGCUUUGUGGGAGAGUGUGGAAAGCCAGUGGUUAAAUCAUUGUGUCCUGACUGCGGGCUUCCGAUUGGUGGAGAAAAACACAUGCCGGUGGAAGGUUUUACUAUGAACACACAGGAGAGGGAUCAGACACGGACAGGACACAUUCUCGGUGAGGCUCAACGGAGGUCUGAAGCCCCUGAAAGACAGAUGACGUCGGCUCAGUCCGGCAUCCUGCGGCUGCUAACUCACCUCGCUAUGCUUCAAGGAGCCAUGAACAAUCAGAUAGAAGUCAGUUACAUGAUCCAUCCCCGCCCUUCCAACGUUAUCCAAUUUCUGUUGGAUCACCUGGAAAGGGACAUGAGAGUAUUGGGAAAAACUCUUGAUCAGAACAUGGACAACACAGCAGUUACAGUUCACCUAAUCCUGACAAGAUUCCCAGACGGUACCGGGAGAGCGAGACCGGAUCUGUCCUCCAGAGAACAACGGCAGCGUUGGGAGAAACUCGUCUGUGAUUCUGCCAUCAACCCAGUACUUCAGGAUCUGCAGAAUAAUCUUGCAAAAGCUAAUGAGAGAAUCGCCUCAGAUGAGGGACUCUCUGGAAGCCCUCUGAUGACUCUGCUCAUCGCCGAUCCCGGGAAGAUGUUGUCGUUGCCCUCUUCCUGCCCAACGGAUCGCUCCUCCUUCUGGGCACUGGGUGAGACGAUGACGGUGGAGCGGUUCUCUCAGUUGGUGGGAGAGAAGUCGGGAGAUGGCUCUUUAUCACUGCUCAUCUUGUUUAUGAAGAAGGUACAGUGUGUGCGACAGCUCCAUCACUUGCCUGAACUGGCUGCUCUGCUGUCCGACCUUCUAAAGGUGUUUCCACUGACGUCAACGAGCUCUGCUCCUCAGACCAUCACUCAGUUCUUACAGCAAAUACCUGCAGGUUUCCAGAGGAAGGUGCUGACUGAGAGGGUGGAAAGAUUCAUCAGAGUGUGGAACCUCCUCAGAGCCGAGGUGGCAAACAACUCUGCAGAUUUGGGAGUGGACGUAAAUCUUUGUGAGAAGGAGCUGACGGAGGAGAGCUCCAGUGAGUAUCUGAUGCCAUGCCGACGCGGCCCUGGUUCAUGUCUCCAAACCCUGGUUGACUUCCUGUUAGAGACUCACAAUGCCCUGGUGAUGGAGGCCAGAAGAGUGAGCCACCAGGAGGACAGUGACUACAGCGUUCCAUUAGAGAGGAUAUCAGAGACCCAGCUGACUCUGUGCCACCCUGAGCGAGAGCUGCUGCCGCUCGUUUUAGCAAGCUGCAACUACACUCUGCAGAAAGGUGGGCAGACGGACAGGAGCUACGACCUGCUGGUCCUCCAAACCCAACUGGCUCGCCGUUUUCUGGCUGGAAAACCACUCAUCCUGGCGGACACUGCAAGGUACAGAAACAGACGUUUGCAGGAUUUUUCUGUGGUUCUAACUGAAGUGAGAAGAAAGAUUUGUCAGGAAGCCCUGAAGGGCUCAGUGAGCAGCGCCACAACAACUGUCCUGCGUUCUUACACUGAUGUUUGCGAUGCUGUGUUCGUGGUUGAGAUUGGCCUUCGCUUCCUUGGAAAGGCGGGUGGAGAUCCUGAGGGUCAGCUUUUGUCUUAUCUUACAGAUUCCCUGAAGAUGGGCCCGCAGAUCUCCAACAACGUAGCAAAGGGUCUUGGGGAAAGCAAGCUGAAACACAGCAUCUUCACCUGGCAGCUUCUGAAUUCUUGGAAAUCAGAGCUCAUGCUCAACAGGAAGCAAGACCCGUUUCAAAAACUACGUUCCGAGUUUCAGCAGAAGCUGUCAGAGGAGGAGAGGAGAGGCCUGAAAGCGUUCCUCACUGUCACAGAUGUUGAAGCUUUCGCUUUGGAGCUGCAUGAAAUCCUGCUGCUAAAGACAAGCAAUGCUGUGUCUGAUGAGGGUUACCAGCCACACUGGGACAUCAGGUCAACCUUAGAGAACCAUUUGGAGCAGAAAGAUCUUCCACCGCUGCUGGGACUCGAGGAUUUACCAGAGAACAUCACGCUGGGGAAAGGCGCUGAUGUGUGGAGGGCUGCUGUAGAGUUUAAAAGAAGAUAGAAAACCUGGAAUAAAACUUUAAUGUGUAAAUUUGUUUUAAAUAACAACCUGAUUAUGCACUUUCUGAUGUGUAAAUAUUGUGAUUUAUCUCAUUAUUGUUUAUCUGUUUAUUAAAUCAUAUAAGAUCAGUUAAUAAAAUAAUAAAUAAA